AUGCUAUCCCUUCCUGCGUUGAAAGAGGACAUUACUGUUUCUGUUGUUGCCGGUGCGCAAUUGACUGCCGCUGAGCGCCGCCCACUGGAGCCCGUGGGGCGCCACUUCCUGCAGCACGCUACACGGACGCUUCGCAACCACACAUGGUCCGAGUUUGAGAAGAUCCAGGCCGCUGAGAACGUGCAGGCCGUGGACGGUGCUGGUGCCGCUGACCCAGACGAGUUGUUGUUCGACACGGAGCUUGCUGACGAGACUCUGUUGGAGCACGACGCGAGGGACUGGAAGACCGCGGACUUGUACGCCGCGAUGGGGCUUUCCCAGUUGAGGUACCGUGCCACUGAUGUGCAGAUUGUGAAGGCGCACAGGAAACAGGUGGUCAAGUACCACCCUGACAAGCAGAGUGCUGCCGGUGCCGCUGAGAACGAUGCUUUCUUCAAGAUCAUUCAGAAGGCGUUUGAGACUUUGACUGACCGCACGAAGCGGAUGCAGUACGACUCGUGUGAUUUCGUCGCUGACGUCGAACCACCAGUGGGGAAACCCGGUGCCGCUGGUUACGAUUUCUUCGAGGCUUGGGCACCUGUGUUUGCCUCUGAGGCUCGUUUCUCGAAGAAACAACCUGUUCCUGAGUUGGGCGACGACUCCGCUGACCAGAAGACCGUCGAGGCAUUCUACGGGUUCUGGCACCGGUUCGACUCCUGGAGGACCUUUGAGUUCCUCGACGAGGAUGUCCCAGACGAUUCCUCGAACAGAGACCACAAGCGGUACAUUGAGCGUAAGAACAAGGCCGCUAGGGACAAGAAGAAGACUGCUGACAACGCACGUCUCGUGAAGCUCGUCGAGCGUGCGAUGAACGAGGACCCACGGAUCCGCCGGUUCAAAGAAGAGGCGAAGAAGCUGAAGGAGCAAAAGAAGUGGGACCGUGAGGCCGGUGCCCGUGCUGAGGCCGCCGCUAAGGAGGCCGCGGAGCGUGAGGCCGCCGAGAAGGCUGCCCUAGAGGCAGAACAGGCUGCGGCUGCUAAGAUGGACAAGAAGAAGUUGAAGGAGGCUGCGAAGGCCGCGAAGAAGAAGAACAAGCGUGCUCUGAGGAACGCCGGGAAGGACAACGAGUACUUCGGCGACGCUGCUGCUGACCACGACGCCGUGGACGCUCAAAUCGCGCUGAUCGUGGACACUUUGUCGGACGACCAACUUGCUGAGACCGUUGCCGCUGUGAAACAAGACGCCAAACAGGCAUUGCAGACCGCCGCGAAGAACGCCGUCGACACAAAGCAACUGACCGCCGCGCUCGUCUCGUACUUCAUUUGA